AUGCAGUCCUCUUUAUUGUCCGUGGCGCACUCUCCCGGGAUACCUACAGCUGUUUCAUUGAUGUGGAAAUCAGGAAACCAUCAGUCGUCCAACUGGUCUGGGAUGGAGAGAGAAAACGCGACGAGUCUCGCAGACUUGGACACCUUUGAGAACCGGCGCGCGCAGUACGGCCAGUUUUCUCCAUCCACCUCCAUAUUCCUGACGGUGCUCAUGACACUGCUGGUGUUCGCCACCGUCCUUGGGAACGCGCUAGUCAUUUUAGCCUUUGUGGUGGAGAAAAGUUUACGCACACAAGGCAACUUUUUCUUUUUGAAUUUGGCUAUAGCAGACUUUCUUGUCGGCGGGUUUUGCAUCCCCGUGUAUAUUCCGUACGUCCUGACGGGUGAGUGGAGACUGGGCAGAGGGCUGUGCAAACUGUGGCUGGUGGUGGAUUAUAUGUUGUGCACCGCGUCAGUCUUCAACAUCGUGCUCAUCAGUUUCGACAGGUUUCAGUCCGUCACGAAAGCGGUGAGCUACCGCUGUCAGAAGGGGAUCACCAAGGACGCUGUUCUGAAGAUGCUGUGCGUGUGGCUGGCUGCGUUCCUCCUUUAUGGCCCCGCUAUUAUCAGCUGGGAACACAUCACAGGAGGAAGCGUAGUGCCAGACGGAGAGUGCUAUGCCGAAUUUUACUUCAACUGGUAUUUUCUGAUGACUGCCUCCACUGUGGAGUUCUUCACGCCGUUCAUAAGCGUCACUUACUUCAACCUCAGCAUUUACAUCAACAUCCGCAACAGGUGCGCCAUGAGGGAGGAACAGCCCACUUACGUUCGGCUCAGGAGCUUCAAGAUGAAGCCUCUUGGUGCUGGCGAUGUCCAGCGAGUGUUUUUCGUGAGGCCUGUGGAGGAAAGCAGGGUCGCAGACUUGGCCUCGAGGUCACGGUGCUGCCGAUUGGCUUCAACCGCUAAAGUGUCCGCCGCAGAGUUCGGCAAUGGCAGACAGUCCAAACGAAGAGACAGCACUCUCGCAGACUUGCCUCCUCUGCAGGUGGAAGAGCGGAUUCUGGCGGCCAGCGAGGCUCAGUUUCAUUACGUGGAUCAUUCAGCUGGACCACACAGACACCGUCCGGACAUGGUGGCCAGUCUAGCCAACCGUUUCCGCCUUUCUAGAGAUAAAAAGGUGGCCAAGUCUCUGGCGGUGAUAGUUUGUGUGUUUGGACUCUGUUGGGCGCCCUACACACUGUUGAUGAUCAUUAGGGCUGCGUGUCAUGGUCAGUGUGUCCAACAUUACCUUUAUGAGAUCUCAUUCUGGCUGCUGUGGAUCAACUCGUCCAUCAACCCAAUCCUGUAUCCCCUGUGUCACAGCAGCUUCAAAAGAGCCUUCAGCAAAUUACUGUGUCCGAGCAAGACAAAAAUACAACCUCAGAACAUUGACCAGAAGUAUUAG